AAGACUUUGUGGACUAUCACUGGUUAAAAUCAUUGACAGCCUUUUUUCCAACCUUGGAAAUCCAAAUAAUUGAUAUUUCAAGUUGAUUAUAGAACAAUCUAAGCACAGGAUUUUUUUUCUCUUUAAGUGUUCUUCAACUCAAGGCUUUUACAGAUACAUAUUCGAAUAUGUUUUCUAUGAGUCACUGUUAAAAUCCGUUAUUUCAGGUUGUUUUCGACAUUGUGCAUAGUGUUUCUACUCUGUGCGUCUGAAGUAAUUUUUACGCGCCGUGGGAUCGUAAAGUAAUCGCGGUGAUGUUACUGGAUGCAGGCCACCAGCUCCCUAGUUUAGGAGUUGGCUCGUUUGCGAGGCAUCACGAAAGCCAGGAGAGAGACUUGAGCUUCAUGGAGUCGGCACACAUGGGUGCGUUCAAGCUGAGCCACGACCAUUCUCCGAACCAGAGUUCGGCGUUCGCCUCCCAGGCGCAAGGAUACUCUGCUGCUGCGUUGGCUCACGCUGCAUCCUACGCUAAUUCCUCUUUCAGUUCUACGCGGGAUUUCAUCCUGCGGAGCCGAGGGUUUGGAGAUUCCAACCCAAGCAGCGGCCAGCAGCAUCCCAUCUUCAACCCAGCAGCGGGCUCUCUCCAUCACUCUCACGCAGAGAAUCAGGGCCAUUUACUUAUCCCGGGGAUCCAUGAUCAACACGGAGCACACCAUGGCUCUCCAAACAUGUUGAACGGACGGCUUGGAUUGGGGGAAGUCUUCAGCCGUGCUGACCAGUACCACCAGGUGUCCAAUCCUCGGGCCGAUCACUACAACCAGUACGGGUCAAUGGGACUGAACGUGAGCAUGAAUAUGGCACCUCACCACCAUCAUCAUCAUCCGGGCGCAUUCUUCCGUUAUAUGCGUCAAGGCAUUAAACAAGAGCUCGUCUGUAAAUGGAUCGACCCAGACAAGCACACAGACCGCAAGAAAUCUUGUGCUCAAACCUUCAGCAACAUGCACGAGCUGGUUACGCACGUCUCCGUGGAGCACGUCGGCGGCCCGGAGCAGUGUAACCACGUGUGCUACUGGGACGACUGUCCGCGGGCUAGCAAGCCAUUCAAGGCCAAAUACAAACUGGUGAACCACAUUCGCGUGCACACAGGGGAGAAGCCGUUCCCUUGCCCCUUCCCAGGCUGUGGCAAAGUAUUUGCGCGAUCAGAAAAUCUGAAAAUCCACAAACGCACACAUACAGGAGAGAAGCCGUUCCAGUGUGAAUUUGACGGCUGUGAUCGCCGCUUUGCCAACAGCAGUGACCGCAAGAAGCACAUGCACGUUCACACGUCUGACAAGCCAUAUUUGUGCAAACUGUGCGACAAAUCCUACACUCACCCAAGCUCCCUGAGGAAACACAUGAAGGUCCAUGAGUCUACGUCCUCAGCACCAGACGCAUCCCCCAGAGAGAGCUCCGGUUACGACUCAUCCACACCCUCAAGUUUAGUGUCCCCGUCCUCGGAGACGCAGGGCAACAUGUCGCCCGAUUCCGUUAUCCUCAGUGGUGGCCACGGCAGCAUGCCGUCCAAUUUUAGCGAGUGGUAUGUCCCAAUCUGAAGCUGUUCGUUCUCCGCUGCAGGGCAACAUUGAGAUGGAACCAGAGGAAUGUAUUCUGGGCAUAGACCAAAUACUAACUAAGAUGGAUACGCCUGGUAGCUUGUCUUGAACUAUGUUCUGCUAAUGACCAGGGCCGGGUUUCCCCGAUAACGGUGUCUCUUAGCAUUUUACAAAGACUUGAACGGUUUAGACCUACCUUAUUUAAGUUGUUUACUUUUCAACGCGUUUCCCAAACAAUCUCCUAUGAGAAAAACGUCCUAAGUGUACCUUAAGAAGCCUUUGGGAAACCCUGCCCAGCUUUAUACAGCCAAUCUCAGGUGGACAUUUCAUAGCUGUGCCUGUGUCUUAAGUAUGUUUAUAAUUGAUGUAAUUCAUAUGAAGGAUUGUGUGACCUGACCAAAGUGAUAGAGUUUUAUCUUGUGAAUGUAUAUGUUUCGAAUCAUGAUGGUUGAGCUGCAGAUAAAAUGCCGUGAUACUGCAAAACUGUAAGAAUAAAUCAUGUUAUUCAUUUUGUAAUUUAAUAUGAUACAGAUUAAACCAUAUUUAUAAAAGA